AUGGGUAAUCAUUUAGCUCAUCCAAAUCUGAAAACUGGAGACCCAGGAUUUGAAGCAUGGGAUCAAAAAGACUCAAGAAUCAUGGCUUGGAUGUGGACAACCAUGAUUCCAGAGAUCCGUAGAACCUGUUUGUAUCUUUCUAGAGCUAGAGCAAUUUGGGAAAAUUUAUAUCAGACUUAUUCAAGAGCAAGAGAUGCUGCACAGCUUUAUGAAUUAAAGUUAAAGACGAUGACUACGAGGCAAGGGGAAAAAUCAAUGACAGAAUACACGCAUAAAGUAAGAACAUUAUGGCAAGAAUUUUAUCAAUACAAAAUUGCUGAUAACACAAUUGAUUUUCAUCUCACGUAA